AUCAAUGUUUGAUUAUUAUCAUUUUCGGAAAGAAUUAUCUUGGACGUCGUCUCUACCCGCUGCACCUCGAUCACAGGUAAUGCACCGAUAUUUUUCUCCGCAUCGAUUUAAUUUUUCGGGGAGGAAAAGAGUACGGUGUUUUUUAUUCUUUCAAAUAUAAUAUGUUAUUUGUGUUAUUCUUUCCGCGUUUGUUUCAUCACGUCCAGUCGUCCGUCCAUCUGUCCGUUCAUCGAUAAAAAUAUAAUAUAAUCAGGACCGUAAACGUGUACUUUUAUUAGAGGUACGUACUCCGCAGAUCGAGUGUAUGUACUCUGGAGCAAAACUGUCGUCGAAAUCGUGCGUCGAGAAGUAAUUUGCAUCUCUAAACCGCCGUGACCAUCUGAUUUUGGAUUAUCGAUCAACAGUUUGGUGAAACGCACUUUGAAUUGUUUGACUCGUAAUUAUUCAUCUGACGCACAAAAACGAAAACAUCAGACUCGCGACACGUACGGUAGUUAUUGUUUUUUGGUUUUGUAACUGAAUAAAGACAGUACACAAGCGUCCAAACGUUCUUGAAGACUUCCACUACAACUUCCACUACAAUGACAACUAUUGUGCUGCUGUCAGUGUCUGCAUAGUGUGGCCAAUUUUGUUCCUGCAGAUUUAGUUUGAGGCCAAAGCUAUUGAACCAAUUUAAGUUGAGAUGUAUGCAAAAGGAAAGGGCGCAACAGUGCCAUCUGAUGCUCAGGCCAGGGAAAAGUUAGCAUUGUAUGUUUAUGAGUAUUUAUUACAUAUUGGAGCUCAAAAAGCAGCUCAAACAUUUUUAAAUGAAAUUAGAUGGGAAAAGAAUAUCACAUUAGGUGAACCACCAGGAUUCCUGCAUUCUUGGUGGUGUGUAUUUUGGGAUUUAUAUUGUGCUGCUCCAGAACGUCGUGAUACAUGUGAACAUUCAAGUGAAGCUAAAGCAUUUCAUGAUUAUGGUUUUGUAAACUCAGGUUAUGGUGUAAAUGGUAUUGCACAUAAUGCUGGACCUUCUCCUAGUCCUUUAGGACAAAUGCCCCCAAAUGAUGGAAUGCCAGGGGGUCCAAUGCCUGGAGGAUUUUUUCCAAAUUCAUCAAUGAGACCAUCACCUCCAAGUCAUCCUUCAGCACAACAAUCUCCUCAUUCUCAACCACCAUCACAUGGACAAAUGUUAUCUAAUCAGCCUUUUAUGGGUCCUCGAUAUCCAGGUGGUCCAAGGCCUGGAAUUCGCAUGUCACAAUUAGGAAAUGAUUUUAAUUCUCCUACAGGUCAGCCAAUGAUGCCUGGUAUGGACCCUUUAAGACAAGGUGAAGCUGGAGAAUAUGUUGUAGGUUGGCAAGGAGGUAUGGGACCAAUGAAUCCUCGUAUGAAUCCUCCUCGUGGUCAAAACACUCAAAACAUGAGUCCAUUAGGAUCAUAUAGCCCUGGAAUGCGUGGACCUCCGCCUAAUACAACAUUGGGCCCUGGUGGUGGUGGUGGUGGACCAAACAUGCCUUUAUCUAUGGGUGGACUUGUUGGAAGGCCACAAUGGCAACCAAAUGCAAAUACUCCCAUGAGUUAUUCAUCGUCAUCACCAGGAGCUUAUGGAGGACCCUCAGGAUCAGGCGGCCCUCCUGGACCAGGCACACCGAUAAUGCAAAGUCCUCAAGAUUCUUCAAACUCUGGAGGAGAAAGUAUGUACACAAUGAUGAAGCCGGUUACCGGAGGGAAUAUGCCUGGUGAUUUUCCAAUGAAUAAUGCAUCAGAUAGUGGACCGCUAGGACCAAUGGGUCCUAAUACAAUGAAUUCGGUUUUGAAUGGCGAAGGACUAGAUGGUAUGAAAAAUUCACCUGCACCGGGUGGCCCAGGGACACCGAGAGAAGACAGUGGAAGUGGCAUGGGCGAUUAUAAUUUGUCAGGAUUUGGAGGAGCGGGAGAAAAUGAUCAGACCGAAUCCGCUGCAAUAAUGAAAAUAAAAGAAAGUAUGCAAGAGGAAGCCAAACGUUAUGAAAAGGAUUCUGACCAAUCGGAUUAUUACAUCCAAUAGAGAAAAAUAUGAUGGUAGUUUGAAAUUUUCAUGUGUAGAUUUAAAAAAUCUUGCCAUAAAAAUCAGUUCAA